UAUCAUUUCAUCGUUACCUCACUUUGACAAAAUGCAGACAUUGACAGCACUCGCACUACUGCUUGCGGUGAACUAUGUUCUUUGUGAACAAGUUCUGUAUGACAGGAAACACCACAAAGCCAUCAUUUUACGGCCCGGAACCGGAUGUUAUGAGUAUCACAUGAAUCACCAGGAAUCUCAGGAUUCUUUUGAUGAUGCUCUGAGGCCAGCUCUUGAGACUAAGAUGAUCGACAGAUUAAACUGUAGCACAGAUAUUCAUGAAGUCGGCCAUCACAGUAUAGAUCAUCUCACCACAGAAAUCCGGACGGCGUGUGCUUCAGUACCUGUAUACGGAUUUGAUCAGACCGGAGCUGGAUGUACUACUCCAACUUCAUUGCCAAUCAUUUCUGGAUCACCUAUUUCUAACCCAAUGCCAUGAGUGUAUUUUAUUCACACUUUUGACUGAAUAUAUUGAUUGAAAUUUGGUGAAAGUUUCAACAUGCUGUAAAGAGUACAUCUUCGACUGAUUGUUGAAAAAUUAUGAAUAUUAAA